AUGACCACCUUUCGCAUCACCGUCACGUCCGAUACUGUCUGCCCCUGGUGCUACGUCGGCCGUCGACAGCUCCAACGCGCGCAGCAGCUCUGGAGGCAGAGAUAUCCCGACCGCGCCGACUCCUUCUCCGUCACCUAUGCCCCCUUCCAGCUCAACCCGACCUGGCCAAAGGGCCCCGCCUCGAGCAAGGACAAGACGCAGUUCUACCAUGAAAAGUUCGGCCCCGAGCGUACCGCCAUGAUGCAGCAGCGGCUAUCGCAGUUUGGCCGCGAGGUCGGCAUCGUCUUCAAGUACGGCGGGCGCACCGGCAACACGCGCGACUCGCAUCGUCUCGUGCACCUGGCCAAGAGAUACGGCGAGGAGGUGGAGCUCAAAACGGUCGACGGCUUGUUUGCCGCCUACUUCGAGAACGAAAAGGACAUCACCCAGUACGAAACGCUCAAGGAGGUCGCCACGGCCGCCGGCAUCCCGGUCGACGUCUUUCAAACCGCCAUCGUCGAGAGCGACUCGGGCGGACCAGAGGUCGACGAAGCCGCCGCGAUGGCCAGGCUGAGCGGCGUCUCGGGCGUGCCGGAUUACCAGAUCCAGGACAGCUUCCGGUUGAACGGCGCUCGGGAGCCCGAGGCAUUCGUGGAAAUUUUCGAGAAGAUCAAGGCGUCGGGAGAGGGAGGCGACUAG